CACCGCUUCAGACCAAACUCUAUAUGAGAGAAAGAAAAAUCAAUAAUUAAUCCGAAUCUAAGAAGGGGAGAAAUGCCCAAGGAGAGACCAGUGCCAAGCAACAUGACAAGAGUGUCACCAUACCCGCUUCGCUCUUCAAGGACUCAAAGAGAGAUCCAACCUGAGUCGCCUAUCCAGACUCAAGGCCCAGGCGAGUGGGAGGACAUCAAGUGUGUAAUCUGCAUGGAACCUCCACACAAUGCCGUCCUCUUGAAGUGCUCUUCUUUCUCCAAGGGGUGCUGUACUUACAUGUGCGACACCAGUGGUCGUCACUCCAAUUGUUUCAAGCAGUACUGCAGAAAAAACAGGAGCCGCUCAACCAAGGCCAUACGCUGUCCUAACUGCAGAGGAGAGGUUAAAGAGACGAUCAAGGUGUCGGCUGCAAGGAGAUAUUUGAAUGCUAAACCGAGGUGCUGCGCUUUUGACGGCUGCACCUUCUCGGGGACUUACACUCAGAUAGAGAAGCACUUGAAAGCUGAUCAUCCCCGUUACAGCAGACCCUUGGUCGACCCAGUGAGAGAGCGGGCGUGGGAUGAGAUGCAGAGAGCUGCUGAGUACACUGAAAUCAUGACUGCAGCGGGUCUUCCGCAUAAUACCCCCGUGCAUCAUCAGCUUCCUCGUCAUCCGGUGAUUCAGAUCAGCGUGAAUGGAGUAGUGCGGAACUAUUUCUUUGCUGCUUUGACUCACAUGCCAACAAGAGUGGAUACUCAAGCGAUGGGCAUAGUUCCCAGUUGGACUCCCUCCUGA